UUUUCUUGACACGUUCUAUUUAUCCUCACUCUUGGGACUUUUACUGGCGUCCACAGGGCACAAGAAGCAAAAUACCGGAAGUUGUAUUGUGCUAGACCGGUAUAACGUUACAAUCCGGGUUCCUCACUCAGACAACAUCCCACUGUAUGUGCGCCGACCUGAGCCAGCCGCCGCCGCUCCCUCCUUUCACAAAUACGGAAGCAGCAUGGCGUCGGACGGCAGCAGCAACAGCAGCAGCAUCCCUGACAGGCAACAAAUCGCCCGGCAACGACUGAGGAUAAUCGCCGGUCAUCUCCAGAAACCCCUGGACCCCUCCGAUGGGGACAUCAGCGCCCGGGAGUGCAGCGCUCCAGACAAGCAGCCUGGCGACACGACCACCAAAUCGGUUCCGAGGCGGAGGCAGGAGGUGAUGAAGUGGAAUGGCUGGGGCUACAGUGACUCCAGGUUCCACUUCAACAAGAAAGGCCAAGCAGAGUUCACCGGCAAAAGGUAUAAGCUAAGCGGGAUGAUUAUGCCAAGUUUGAAAGAGUGGUUCGAAGGAACGUUUGGAGCCAACGUCCAGCAUAAAAGCUUUGCAUCAGCGGUCCCGAGCCCCGGGGCGGUGAAGCCCCCCGCCCUGAACCAGGCCUUCGUGGAGGGGGUCCAGACCACGGGGGUCCCCUUCUCCUCGGACGCAGAGGACCGGGUCUUCCGGGGCCACGGACACUGCGUGCACGAGAUCUUCGCCCUCCGAGAGGGCAGGGUGGGACGGGUGCCGGACAUGGUUGUGUGGCCGAACUGCCACGACGACGUGGUGAAGAUCGUAGAGCUGGCGUGCAAGCACAAUGUUUGUUUAAUACCAUAUGGUGGUGGGACCAGUGUCUCCAGCGCUCUGGAGUGCCCCCUGGAGGAGACGCGCUCCAUCGUAUCCCUGGAUACCUCUCAGAUGGUAAGCAGUCGUCGAAAAACCACUCUUCAUCACUACAUCACGGCGCCACAAUCGCAACGACGGAGUGUGAAUCAUCGCGUCUGUGUUCUUGUGUCUUUUCGCUUAUUGUUCAAUAAGUAAUAGUGAAAGUCUUUGUGGUUACGCGGGGUUGUUUGCUG